GUUGGGGACUGUCAUUAGCUAGUCAUGGCAGUUCGAAUGAUAACAUCUUGUCUUUCUCGCUCGUUAUCCUCCUCUUUUGCUCUCCUAUUCCAAGGAAGAAACUCACGUGUGGCCACAACAGCAGCUCUUCGAUACACCACAGCAGCUUCUAUUGCUCAGGACCCUAUCAAACCUAGUGUCAGUGUAGAGUAUACUAAACUUUUUAUCAAUGGACAAUUUGUUGAUUCUACAUCAGGUAAAACAUUUCCAACGCUUGACCCCAGAACAGGAGAGGUGAUUGCACAUGUUGCUGAGGGUGAUGUAGAAGAUAUUAAUCGAGCAGUAAUUGCUGCUCGUAACGCUUUUGAUGAAGGACCGUGGCCUAAAAUGAGUGCUUAUGAAAGAUCAAAGAUAUUGUUGCGCAUUGCUGAUUUGAUUGAAAAACAUAACGAUGGAAUUGCAACACUUGAGACUUGGGACAGUGGGAAGCUAUAUCAACAAGUUGCUACCAUUGAAAUACCAAUGAUUGUACGUGUACUGCGUUAUUAUGCUGGUUGGGCAGAUAAAAUUCAUGGUUUGACUGUUCCUGCUGAUGGACCAUAUCAUGUUCAGACUUUCCAUGAGCCAAUUGGGGUUGUUGGUCAGAUUAUCCCAUGGAACUUUCCUCUUCUAAUGUUUGCUUGGAAGAUUGGACCUGCUUUAGCUUGUGGCAAUACUAUUGUGUUAAAGACAGCGGAGCAGACCCCCUUAUCUGCUCUCUAUGUAUCGAAACUAUUGCAGGAGGCUGGCCUACCUGAAGGUGUUUUGAAUGUCAUUUCUGGUUAUGGUCCUACAGCUGGUGCUGCUCUUUGUAGUCAUAUGGAUGUAGACAAGCUUGCUUUUACUGGAUCAACAGAUACAGCAAAAACUAUAAUGUCAUUGGCUGCUAGCAGCAAUCUUAAACCUGUCACUUUGGAACUUGGAGGGAAAUCCCCUUUCAUUGUUUGUGAGGAUGCUGAUGUUGAUCAAGCUGUUGAGCUAGCUCACUUUGCUUUGUUCUUUAAUCAGGGACAAUGUUGUUGUGCUGGAUCUCGGACAUUUGUUCACGAGAGUAUUUAUGAUGAAUUUGUUGAAAAAGCCAAGGCACGUGCAUUGAAACGCACAGUUGGUGAUCCAUUUAAAUCAGGCAAUGAACAAGGUCCUCAGAUUGAUUCAGAACAAUUUGAAAAGGUGCUGAAGUAUAUUAGAUCUGGAAUUGAAAGUGGAGCUACACUUGAAACUGGAGGUGAUACACUCGGUACACAGGGCUACUAUAUUAAACCCACGGUUUUCUCCAACGUUGAGGACGAUAUGCUGAUUGCAACGGAUGAGAUCUUUGGUCCAGUGCAGUCAAUCUUGAAAUAUAAGGAUCUUGAUGAAGUGAUACGAAGAGCUAAUGCCACCAAAUAUGGUCUAGCUGCUGGAGUUUUUACGAAGAACAUAGACGCAGCAAACACAUUGAUGCGAGGAUUGAGAGUUGGAACCAUAUGGAUUAACUGCUUUGAUAUCUUUGAUGCUGCAAUUCCUUUUGGUGGCUAUAAGAUGAGUGGGCAGGGAAGAGAAAAGGGAGUAUACAGUCUGAAUCAAUACUUGCAAGUGAAGGCUGUUGUCGCCUCAUUGAAGAAUCCAGCUUGGAUUUAGUCAGAAU